UAGGGUUUUUAAGCGGCAUCGUCGACAAUGCGGGCACCAGGGCGCGCGAUCUUCCCUCCCCGACCGAUCAGCAGGUGUUUGUAGCUCGCCAGGAGCUGGGAAUCCCCCGGCGCCAGCUUAGAUCGUGGCCAUGGCAGUGGAAUUCGAGAGUGUGGAUGGAGGGAAUGGAAUCUCGCUCGCUGUGAGGAUCUACAGGCCGGCGGAGGAGGCGCGCAUCGCAGAUCUGGCGCUGGUUCUGGUGCACCAAUUCACGGUGCUUGGCGGGUGUCAGGGAUUGCUCAAAGGGAUGGCGACGGAGCUCAACAACAGGGGAUACCUGGUUGUCACGUUUGAUAUGCGUGGGGCUGGGCGAUCCUCCGGGCGGGCUACGCUCACGGGAUCGUCGGAGGUCCAGGACGUGGUGAGAGUUUGCGAGUGGGCCGUGGAGAAAAUCCCUGCCUCGAGGAUCGUUCUCGUCGGCUCUUCAGCGGGGGCUCCAAUUGCUGGCUCGGCUGUGGAUCAAGUGAAAGAAGUGGUGGGAUACGUGGGGCUGGGCUACCCGUUUGGAUUCUGGGCGUCGGUUCUCUUCGGCCGCCACAACAAGGCGAUCCUCCAGUCGGCCAAGCCCAAGCUGUUCGUCAUGGGGACUCGCGAUGGAUUCACGAGCGUCAAGCAGCUGGAAUCCAAGCUCAAGUCGGCGGUUGGGAGAGCCGAGACGCGCCUCGUCCCUGGAGUCGGCCAUUUCCAAAUGGAAGCUCCCGACUACGAUCCCAUGAUGGCCAACUUUGUCACAGAGUUCUGUAAGUCAUUGUGAUUUUUCUGUGUUAUAUACAAGAGUAUUUUAAAAAAUUAAUAAUUCUACACUCAGCAUAGCCGCAUUAA